UCUUGUGAAGUUAAAAACCAUAUUACAUUCCACACACACACACACAAACACUUCCUUCAACUUACCAACCAUGGAUUGGUUUUCUUGGCUUUCAAAAACAAACCUUGAUCCAUCUCUUGUGUAUGAGUAUGGUCUCACUUUUGCACACAAUGAGCUAGAACAAGAAGACAUGGUUUACUUCAACCAUGAAUUUCUCCAAAGCAUGGGAAUCUCCAUAGCCAAACACAGGCUAGAAAUUCUCAAACUUGCAAGAAAAGAAAAAGCAAAGAGACAACCACCAAGACCAAUGGCAAAGAUCAUGGGAGCAAUCAAAAAGACAAAAAAGUGCUUAGGUAACUACAUAAUGAGAAAGUUGGUUACAUGUGAAGAAUCAAAUUCAGCACUUGUUGUAGUUCCAACAUCAAGGGCUAGUAGUAGUAGUUAUUAUGGAACAAGAUCAUCAUGGAAGAAUUCUGUGGUGAAGAGGAAUAAGAAGUUGAAGGUGGAUAAACAAGAGAGACUGUUGCUUACAAAUGGAAGCCCUAGUCCUUCAAUGAUGCCUGCUCUUGCUCUUGAUAGUUUUUGUAGUACUCCUAUGGUUUAUCAUUUUCAUGAAGGAAAGAUGAAAGGAGAUGAUCAUAACAACAAUGGUUAUUGGUCAGCUGCUGUUGAAGAUAUCAGGUGGGAUACUAUGUUCCAAGAUCUAAAGCCAAACUAAAACUUCUUAAUUUCACAUUUUUUUUAAUUAUUUUUUCAUUUAUUUUUUGGGAUUUUAAUUAUUUUAGUCCCAAAUUUUAAGUGGAUGUAUGGAACUACGACAGACAAUCAAGUAAUUAACUUGAGGUGGAUCUAAAGCGGAAACUCCAGGUUGGAUUUGGAGCUUCUGUCAUAAUGUGUCUGAAGAUGCGAAAUCAUCGCAACUUUAGACAUGUUUUAUAUAGGUUGGUGAGAGAUGUGUUUUUUGUGUUCUUCCACCAUAUAGAUUUGAAUGUGUUUUUGUUGCUUUUUUGGUUUUUGAAUUAGUGGUGUGGAUCAUGCGGAUGGGUAACUUUAACACCUGUCUGUUUGAAUAAGGAGGUUUGUCUACUUUUUGCUUUUGAAUGUUUGUGUCUUUUAGCUUUGAUAGGAGAAAUUUGGAUUAGAUUAGCGUAAUUGUGGGAAAAGAAAUGAUUGAGGUAGGUGUUUAGUUUUUUUUUUUUAUAGCAAACUUGAAGUACAAACAGUUAGGUUUGUUGGGUACACCACUUGACAAUGACAUGAUGUAUUGUACUCUUUUAUGGUUUUUUUUGACAAUAUACACAUUGACAAAGUA